AUGGGUUUUACCUCUGCGCCUAUAUCCCUAGUCCAGAAGGUGACUGCUUAUUGGAAAUCUGAAGGGAAAACAUACUACAGAUACUCCACCAUUCUGACCAACAAGUCGCCCAAGGCAUUGAACAGUCUGAAGCUAUACAUUAACAAGCUCUACGGUCCAAUCUGGGGUUUGACGAAAUCCGGAAACUCUUAUGGCUUCCCAUCAUGGAUCAAGUCGCUGCCAGCUGGGAAAAGCCUCGAGUUUGUCUACAUUCAUUCUGCUUCUGCUGCAGAUGUCUCUGUUUCUGGCUAUACAUUGGCUUGA